CCUAUAUCAAUCCGCCGGGCUUCUGCUCUACCAUGCUGCUUGAUCUUCCAGCACUCAGCUCUUAUUUUUUUUGUAUUCUACCACUACAGCCAUGACUGAAUCAUCCUCUCAGCAUCCCGGCAAGCCCGAGGUCAUCGAGAAUCGUCUAUAUAUCAACGGAGAGUUCGUCCCGUCCCAAUCCGGGGCCCAGUUUGAUCUCUACAACCCUGCCACCGAAGCCCACAGUGCCUCUGUCUACGAGGCUGGUCCAGAGGAUGUCGACCUCGCCGUCGCCGCCGCCAAAGCUGCCUUCCCAGCGUGGUCCGAACUCGGCGCUCUACAACGUGCCCACUACCUGGAGAAAUGGGCCGACAACAUGGAGAAAUGCAUGCCGGAGAUGUACUACCUCGAUGCCAUCUGCAUGGGCAAACCCGUCAAUCACGAUUUCUUCGGCAGUCUAGUCCCCAUCAUCACACGCACCUUCGCCGCCAAAGCCCUCGACAUCACCGGCGACUCCUCCCUCAACACCCCCGACUUCAUGAACAUCACCCUGCGCCAACCCUACGGCGUCUGCGGCGCCAUCAUCCCCUGGAACGGACCCGUGCCCACCAUGAUCAUGAAAGUCGGCGCGGCCCUCAUCACCGGCAACACCAUCGUGGUCAAGACCUCCGAAAAAGCCCCUCUCAGCUGUCUCGUGGCCGCCCGCUGCGCCCACGAAGCCGGCAUCCCCCCCGGCGUCCUCAACAUCCUCAGCGGCCACGGUCAGCCCUGUGGCGAAGCCAUCGCCCGCCACAUGGACAUCCGCAAGAUCUCCUUCACAGGGUCCACCGCCACCGGCCGCGCCAUCCAACGCAUGGCCGCCGAAUCCAACCUCAAGAGCGUGACCCUGGAACUCGGGGGCAAAUCCCCUCUCGUCAUCUGGGACGACGCCGACCUCUCCAAGGCCGUCCCCGCCGCGGCCCGCUCCAUCCUGGCCAACACGGGGCAAGUCUGCAUCGCCAGCUCCCGCAUCUACGUGCACAGCUCCAUCGCCUCGCAAUUCCUCUCCCUUCUCACAGCCACCAUGACCUCCCUCGGUGCAAGCGGCGACCCCCUCGACCCCACCACCACCCGCGGACCCCAAGCCGAUGCCGCCCAAUUUGCCCGCGUCCAAUCCUACCUCCAACUCGCCCGAGACGAAAACAUCCCCAUCCACCUCGGCGGUAACCCCGAACCCAAACCAGGCUUCUUCAUCCAACCCACCAUCCUAACCGACGUGCCCGAAUCCUCAAAACUCCUCAAAGAAGAAAUCUUCGGCCCCGUGGUAAUCGUAAACACCUUCACCGACGAAGACGACGUAAUGGCCCGCGCUAACGAUACCGAGUACGGGCUGUACGCGAGCGUCUAUACACGGGAUCUAUCCCGGGCGAUGCGCGCAGCGAAGCGGUUCGAGGCCGGCAGUGUGUGUAUUAAUUGUACGGGGCCGACAAUGGCGCUGGAUAUGCCGUUUGGGGGGUGGAAGGCCAGUGGGCAGGGGAGGGAGUUGAGUCGGUAUGCGACGGAUUAUUGGACCGAGUUGAAGUCGGUGUUUAUUGCGUUGUAGGUUGAUUUUUGGUGGGUGGGGUGGGUUUGGGAUGGACAUUGCUAUGGGAGUUUAUAGUUAAUUAUGCUUGGACUUAUGUUAUUGUUUAUGUAUGUUUGGGUUAAGAGAGGAUGGGGUUAGGGUAGGGGGCCAAAGUACCUACCACUGGACAAAAGUACCACCUUAUGGCACCACCGAGAAUACUUAGUAGUCUGAGAAUAGUCUAGCCAAUGGCAUGAUGCAUUAUGACUACUACUACAACACCAUGUACGGACUACAGAUGGU